GAGGAGGAGGGGACCCAUCCUGCAAUUGACAGUAUAUUCCUGCAGGCGCCGUCCCUCAGCCCCCACCCCACGGCCGGAUUCCCGUGGCUCUGUUCCAGGCUGAAACCCGAGAAGAAAUCCUUAGAUCUCUUUUCUUUACAACGAAUACGAACCGAGAAACCAUCGGCAUUUUGCCUUGGCGUUUCCUAUUGGAAAGAUGAAGAAGUUUUUCGACUCCAGGCGGGAGCAGGGCAGCUCUGGCCUGGGCUCAGGCUCCAGCGGAGGAGGGGGCAGCAGCUCAGGCCUGGGCAGUGGCUACAUCGGAAGGGUCUUUGGCAUCGGGCGGCAGCAGGUCACCGUGGACGAGGUGCUGGCGGAAGGUGGAUUUGCUCUUGUCUUUCUGGUGAGAACAAGCAAUGGGGUGAAAUGUGCCUUGAAACGUAUGUUUGUCAACAAUGAGCAUGAUCUCCAGGUGUGCAAGAGGGAAAUUCAGAUCAUGAGGGACCUGUCAGGGCACAAGAACAUUGUGGGCUACAUUGAUUCUAGUAUCAACAAUGUAAGCAGUGGCGACGUAUGGGAAGUUCUCAUUCUCAUGGACUUCUGCAGAGGAGGUCAGGUGGUAAACCUGAUGAACCAGCGUCUACAAACAGGCUUUACAGAGAAUGAAGUCCUGCAAAUAUUCUGUGACACCUGUGAGGCUGUUGCCCGCCUACAUCAGUGCAAAACUCCUAUUAUACACCGGGACCUGAAGGUUGAAAAUAUCCUCUUGCAUGACCGAGGCCACUAUGUCUUGUGUGAUUUUGGAAGUGCCACCAACAAAUUCCAGAACCCACAGGCCGAGGGAGUCAAUGCAGUAGAAGAUGAGAUUAAGAAAUACACAACACUGUCCUAUCGAGCCCCAGAAAUGGUCAACUUGUACAGUGGCAAAAUCAUCACUACGAAGGCAGACAUUUGGGCUCUUGGCUGUUUGUUGUAUAAGUUAUGCUACUUCACUUUGCCAUUUGGGGAGAGCCAGGUGGCAAUUUGUGAUGGAAGCUUCACAAUUCCAGAUAACUCCCGAUAUUCUCAAGACAUGCACUGCCUUAUUAGGUAUAUGUUGGAACCAGAUCCUGACAAAAGGCCAGAUAUUUACCAGGUUUCUUACUUCUCAUUUAAACUGCUCAAGAAAGAAUGCCCAAUUCCAAAUGUACAGAACUCUCCCAUUCCUGCAAAACUUCCUGAACCAGUGAAAGCCAGUGAGGCAGCUGUAAAGAAGACCCAGCCAAAGGCCAGACUGACAGAUCCCAUUCCCACCACAGAGACUUCAAUCGCACCCCGCCAGAGGCCUAAGGCUGGGCAGACUCAGCCAAACCCAGGAAUCCUUCCCAUUCAGCCAGCCCUGACUCCUCGUAAGAGGGCCACUGUUCAGCCCCUACCUCAGGCUGCAGGACCCAGCAAUCAGCCUGGCCUUCUAGCUAGUGUUCCCCAACCUAAAGCCCAACCUGCACCCAGUCAACCUCUUCAGCAAUCUCAGCCCAAGCAGCCACAAGCUCCACCCACCCCUCAGCAGACACCUUCUACCCAGACCCAAGGUCUACCUCCCCAGGCCCAGGCCACUCCCCAGCACCAGCAGCAACUCCUCCUCAAGCAGCAACAGCAACAGCAGCAGCAGCCACAGCAGCAGCAGACAGCACCACAGCAGCCAGCAGGCACCUUUUACCAGCAGCAGCAGCAGCAGCAGGCUCAGACACAGCAGUUUCAGGCAGGACAUCCAGCAGCCCAGCAACCAGUCACUGCUCAAUUCCCUGUGGUGUCCCAGGGAGGCACUCAGCAACAGCUGAUACAGAACUUCUACCAGCAGCAGCAGCAACAGCAGCAGCAACAGCAGCAGCUGAUGACUCAGCAGGCUUCCCUGCAGCAGAAGACUGCUGUGGUAUUACCACAGCCUCAGGCACAGCCGGCCACAGCCCCACAGCCAGCUGCUGCCCAGGAGCCUGCGCAGAUUCAAGCUCCAGCAAGACAACAGCCAAAGGUUCAGACAACUCCACCUCCAACCAUCCAGGGUCAGAAAGUUGGAUCUCUCACUCCUCCAUCAUCCCCCAAAACCCAACGUGCUGGGCACAGGAGGAUUCUCAGUGACGUAACACACAGUGCAGUCUUUGGAGUUCCUGCCAGCAAAUCAACCCAGCUGCUCCAGGCUGCUGCAGCUGAGGCCAGUCUCAAUAAAUCUAAGUCUGCAACCACCACUCCCUCAGGCUCUCCAAGGACCUCGCAGCAAAAUGUCUGUAAUGCUUCAGAAGGUUCAACAUGGAACCCUUUUGAUGAUGACAACUUCUCCAAACUCACGGCUGAAGAGCUGCUGAACAAGGACUUUGCCAAGCUCGGGGAAGGAAAGCUUCCUGAAAAGCUUGGUGGCUCAGCAGAGAGUUUGAUCCCAGGCUUCCAGUCAACGCAGGGAGAUGCUUUUGCCACUUCCUCAUUUUCUGCUGUAACUGAAAAGGCUGAUGUUGCUGUUGAGAGUCUCAUACCUGGAUUGGAGCCACCGGUUGCUCAGCGCCUCCCAUCUCAGACAGAGUCUGUGACCUCAAACCGCACAGACUCUCUCACUGGGGACGACUCCCUGCUUGACUGCUCUCUGCUCUCUAACCCCACUGCUGACCUUCUGGAAGAGUUCGCCCCCAUAGCACUCUCUGCUCCCGCUCACAAAGCUGCAGAAGAUAGUAAUCUCAUCUCAGGUUUCGGUGUCGCUGAGGGCUCGGAAAAGGUGGCAGAAGAUGAGUUUGACCCUAUUCCUGUACUGAUAACCAAAAACACACAAGGUCUCCAGAGAGAGCCCAGUCCUUGUCCUGUAAUUACUGUAGAGCACUUUAAAGAACCCGUGGGUGCCAAAGGCCUCGCCCUCUAUCCAGAUCCCUGCAGAGUUCCUGGAACAAAGACCCAGAACACCUUAGAAUCUGACUCCCUGACCCGAGAGGGGCCUUCCAGCAAUAGCUCCUUCCACAGCAGUGAGGAGGAGGGCACCGACCUGGAGGGGGACGUGCUGGACUGCAGCGGGUCUCGGCCUCUCCUUCUGGAGUCUGAAGAGGAGGAUGAGAGCUGCAGGCCUCCCCAGGAGAAGCUGGCAGAAGCCACUCUGUUCUCUGAACCUGGAGUGUCUGCUAACCCAGAAAAGGGGGGACAAGGCGGGAAAAAGAGCCAGUUCUUGCCAGUCAACCAGCAGGCCUCAGAUGGUCUCGGAGAGCCUGAUGUCUUUGCCACAGCCCCCUUCAGGAGCUCUCUGGUUCCAGCAGAUGACAUGGACAUUUUCUCCAAAGCCCCUUUUGUCUCCAAGGGCAGUUUAGCUCCUUCCCAGACAGAGGAGGUGGACGUGUUCUCCAGAGCUCCUUUUACCAAGAAGAGGAGUGUGGAGGAGUUACUGGCCGUACAGGGCUCCUCACAGGAUUUGCCAGUGCAGGCCGGCCUCAGUCAGCCUGGUGAAGGGCCCCUGCUUCCAGGCCUCGAUAGAGCUAUGUACACCCCUGCCCAGACGCAGGGUGUCUUUACGCAGCAGGCUGGUCUCCCUUCCCACUCUGUCCAGGUGGCAGACCAUUUUGACAGCAGCUCUCCCAGAGGUUCUCCCAUGGAAUCUGGGAGUAAUCCCAGUGACAGAAACAGAGGCCUGCAGCCCCAGAAAGAAGCCUUUUCUGGGCCGGUGGCUGGCAAGCAAUUCCGCCCCCAGGCUUUGUCCAAAUAUUCCCGACACUAUAGCCCAGAAGAUGAGUCAAGUCCAGAAGCCCAGCCCAUCGCUGCCUACAAGAUUGUUUCACAAAGCAAUAAGCAGUUGCUGGCUGGCUCUGUGUCUGUCACAUCUCUGUCCUCCAGGACUACAGAGCUGCCCGCUGCUGACCCUUUUGCUUUAGCGCCCUUCCCUUCAAAAGCAGGCAAACAGAAACCCUAGGAGCAGAGGCCCAGCCUGAGGCCUGUCUCUACCUACCCCACCAGCACCCAUCACACCACUCCUGGCAGGCCUUCCAGGGAGUAUCCACUGUGACCUUGUAGUUCCCUGCCUCAGAGCAGAAUCACUUCAAGGCAACUAGCAAGGUUGCUCUUUAUGUUACACUUCCUUUUUUUGUUUAAACUCUUUUCUGGACUUGUAGGUAUUUCUGGUCCUUCACAUAGGCCUUCCACCUGCAGUCAGAAUUCUGGUUCUUUCCUGCCCAGAAACCUUUUUAAUCAAGGAAUAUUUUACCCCCAGUUACCAGAGGCUGUAUUACACCACAACUUUGAAUGCCUGCAGCUCCUAUUGGGAGUCACUUGAAGAGUCAAGAUGAAUUCUCUCCAAGACUUGACAAUACUCUUGGAACAGAGAGAUUUCUAGAAAAAAAAAAAAGAGCAAUAUAAACCUACUGCACGUCUAAAGAAGUUAAUCCUUUUGCCACACUCAUCUUUCAUUCUUGUGGAGCCAGCAGCUCUCAAAGGAUCUUUCACUGAUUCCAUAUGAGCCUAGCUGGCCCUUGUGCACAAAUGUCUGGGUGCAUGAUGUGGCUCAGAUUCUCUGUCUUGUAAAAGAGCACACAGGUGGAAAAAGCUCACUCUGCCUUCCCAUGGUCCACUUUUUAGACUAGUAUGGAUACGUGUGUGUGUGUGUGUGUGUGUGUGUGUGUGUGUGUGUGUGUGUGUGUACAAGAAACAUUUUCCUUUGAGUGAAACCACCAUGCCUACCUCCAUUAUCAAAUCAUUUUCUUAUGUUUGCCUGUUGACCUGACUUGAACCUUGGCUUUAUUUGGAUGUUUUUCUCAUGGUAAAAUUGAAGUUGUUAGACCGUAUGGGGCAAUCCUGCUGGAACUGAGGUUUCAGAGUAGAUUUUUAAAAUUCCAUUUACCUGGUUUUGAAAACUCACAUUUCCCAAAAUGGACAUGGUAGCUCAUACCUGUAGCUCUUAGGAAACUAUGACAGGAGGACUGCCACAAGUUAGAGGCUAGCCUGGCCUUAAUACUGAAUUCCAAGCCACCAUAUCUCAACACCCUCUCCUACUCAAAAAAGUCACUGGUCCUUUUUUUUUUUUUUUCUGUGGCAACAGGGGAAGAAUGUCUUUAGAGUUCCAGUCACUGGAAAUCCUUCCUGGGUAUCAUUAUUAUGAAAUUCAUUCAUAAUGUACCUAAGCUACAAGCCAAGUUUGCCUGCACCCAACCCCCACCUCUUCCCAUACAUGUCUGUUGCCUCUUGAGUGGGUACAAACCUGAUACCUAGGAGUAAGCUGAAAAUGAAAAAGAACUGGUCAGCUGUCCUUACAGAUCUUUAAAUUGUCUGUUCCGUUCAGAUGCUAAAGUAGAACAGACAGGUGACUGGCUGUGUUUUCAGAAGUGUGUUUUUAUUUCUGGAAAGCUCUGACUCAUUCCUAGUGUUCUCAUAUUCUCCAUUUUUAGAGCCUUAAAAGAAAACUUGUGACUCCACCGGGAGGUUUCUGUUGAGGAAGUUGAGUUUAAUGGAAAGAGUCUGUACCAAAUUCCGUGCAUACUUACAGCUUCUAGCAUACAGUUCCUCUACGUGCUUGGGGGAAGUGUGGAGAGUUGUGCACCAAACUAGAUUAGUGAUAUAAAAAUGACUAGAAGCCAGGCAUGGUAGCACACUCCUGUUAGCAGGGCACUUAGGGGGUGCAGGCUCAAGGCCAGCCUAGAUUACAUGAGACACUGUCCCAAAAAAUAAAAGAAGAAUUACCUAAAAUCCAUCCAGUCAUGAAGCCUAAAUGCCAGGCUGCACGUGCACUCAAUUAGUUGUGAUGUCCUUUUGAGUUUGAAAGUUAGGAUUUGGCUGUACAACUCUGUGGAAGAAUACAUGCUUUGCAUGCACCAUGUUCUGGGUUCCGUCCUUGUCACACACAAAAAAAUGAUAAAACCCAAGACUCUGGACGGUAACAUAAGAGUGGUUACUUUCUGCUGGGUGUGGUGGCAGGCACCUUAAUCCUAGAACAUAUAAGGCAGAAACAGGUGGAUUUGUGUGAGUGUGAGGCCAGCCUUGUGUGCAUAGCAAGUUCCAGGACAGCCAGUGAGUGAAAGCCUGUCUUAGGAGGGGAAAAAGGGAGCUAUUUUCAGUACUUUUCUUUUUGGUGUUCUACACCUGUUUAAAUAACAGGCAUAUAUCAUCCUCCCUCCUCCCCACCCCCAGCAGUGGUUGCCAAGUGAGGACUCCACUAGAAACCUGCCUUUCACUUCAGUAAACUAUUCUCUCUAGGAAUUUGAUUUCUCAAAGUUAUUAUUUUUGAAAUUUUUAUACUAGUGGAUACAAACUGGUCUUUCUGUUAAAUGAGUAGUUUGGCUAAUGUACAUGGAACUUUGCAACCAAACUUCCCAUGCUUCUUGUCAGGUGAAGUCCUCCAAGUCAUGUGCAAAAAGGAUGGGAAUGUUCAGAGUCCUCCCUUGAUGUCACAGACUCUUGCCGGAUUGCAGCAUACACCUGUAGUCCCAGCUACUUAGAAGGCUGGGCAGAAGGACAGCUUGAGCCCAGGAUCUCAAGGCCAGCUUUGGCAACAUACAAGGACCCAUCUCUUGAAUAGAAAUUUGAGAAUGCAAUGUCAACAUCAGCUAUGUAACAGUGCUGCAAACUGCUGUAACUUUGAUCACUGUAUCACUCCAUCUAAUUAAAUAGUCAUUAUAAUUCACAAGGUCCAAAUUAGGAUAAAAUCAUGGACUCUUUAUUUUAUAUAGUUGAAUCAUUUGAUCAUUUGUGAAGUAUGGGCUUUCGGGCCUGUUUUUAUCUACUGAGUGGAAAGUCUAUCUACCAUCUUUGAAUAGGAAAUGAAUGUGACCACAUGCAAUUUUUUUUUUUUUUUUUAAUGCGGCAGUUAGUGAAGGAAAUCUGACAAGAGACUAGCUGACAGAUGAGUUCUGAAGGAAGUGCUGUGGAAGAGUGUGGAUUACAGGAUCAGUGGGUAAGAUCCAGUGUCCUGGUGGGAGGCCAUCCUGAGUGGAUAUUUGGAAGUUUGUUUUACAGGUAAUUAGGAGUGCUGAAAGUCUAUGAACCAAUAGCCGGUUCCCAGUGACCGUACUCUAACAGUUUUUUUUAGUAAGGAAGGGGAAACAUUGUCAACAAAGUCCUGCACUUUGUUUUAAUUUCUGCUGUGUGUUAGUUGCUUUGUAUAUUUCAUAGGAAACACAGGAGACUGUCAACUUUUGACUCAGUAGAAAGAGAUGAGUCAGAAUAUCCUUAGACAAAGCCUUAAGCCUAUCAUGUACUAAUGAACUCCUGAAUGAUGUGCUAGGCUGGGGACAUAGCUCAGAGAGGGAACUUGGCAUAGGUGAAGCCGUGAGCUCUUCCCUGUUAGCUGACUAAUGAGCACUGUUAACAGAGUUAACUUCUGUGUAAUGGAAAAUGUCUCACCAAUUUCUUAGGCUUACAAUACAGCUCUUUAGCACCAAGUCCAUGGUUAGCGCCAAAACAAAUGAAAUAAAAUAAUGAAAUGAAUAUCUGUGGCAGGCACACCUAUGAUCCCAGAGGCAAGAGAAUUGUGAGUUCAAGACCAGCCUGGGCAGCUUAGCAAGAUUUUAAUAUUGAAAUUUCAAGAGGGUUGGUUUUGUAUUUAGGUGGUAGAAUGCUUACCCAGCAUGUGCAACCAUUGGAUUUAAUUAACUAUGGUAGUGGGAGACAGAGAGCCAUAGAUGGGUCUAUCAUGAGCAAUCUAGUCAGGAAAGUGAACAGAAGCUGGAGAUGGAAUGCAGAUUUUAGUUCAUACAGGCUGUCUUGGUUCACUUGUGAGAUUGAAGGCCUGUACACUGUCACACGCCUCAGGGUGUGUAUGUGUGUGUGCGCGUGUGCUAACAGUAUCCCACUCACUAACCCAUGUUGUGUCUCAGUUUCAUCUGUCAACUGAGAUCUUCUAGAUGUUCAGACAGCGCUGUCUUACUGGCCUGUUGUGUAUUUCUUACAUAUUGGACCAUGUGUUUUCAGCUACUCUUCACUGGUGCAUGAAGUAUUAGAGUGGUCUGAUAAGAAAUUCUGUGUUUUUAUUCUGUAAAUGAAAAUAAUCAAAAUAUGUAUCAAAUUAUAUAAUAUGUAUGAAUUACUUCAAAUAGGAAACUUGAGUGGAAAGUUGGAGCAGGAGAUGCAGUGCCUUCUCCAGAGGAACCAGGCAACUUCAGUGGAGUGCAUUUGGGUCCCUCAAACGUAAAGAGAUGUUGCUCUCUGCCGUGUCUUUGGAUUUCAAACUUGAGAACACUCCAAAACAGCUGCUGGUCAUAGUAUUUUUUAUCAUAAUCAAGCUUACUUUGAUGAAAGGUGGUUUUCAGGAGUACAGCGGUAGCAGGCAGGACACCUUGACACUUUCCAUGGCCACCCUGCUUCCCAGCCCUCCGGUGCUUGCCUAAAAGAAUAAACUGGGGAUUGUAAGUGAAAUCAUGUCAUUGAGUGAUAGUCUUUGUUAAUCGAUAUUUGUUUUGUUCUAACCAUCAGAACAUUUGAAAAAUUAAUAAAAAUUUCACAAAAGGUUUCAAAAUGCUUAAACAAAAAAGUAGUGUCUAGUUGUAAAUUGUUUUUGUUCUGUCCCCAGAGGUCUUUGUGAGCCCUCCCCAUCCCUGCUCCCCCUUAAUUUCCUCCCUAACAUUCUCCUGUUUUGUCCAGACCAAUAAGUGGGUAGUGAACUGUCAUACUAACUUCCAGGUGUUUCCCUUGCUACUGUAAAAUUUCAUUUUAAGAUUCAGGCCAGCCUUGACAAUCUAACAAUGAAUUGGUUUAUUCUCCCCUAGAAUAAAGGACAGAGGAGGGUUGGCAGGACCCAGCUUUCCUCUGUGGGGUUGUAACCCAGAGGGCACUCUCCACCCUGAUCCUACAUGGCUCUAGAAUGAGUUUAUAUGUGAAAGGACUCUAGAAUAGCAAAAAUAGCUAAGUGCUGGCCAUGGGGGCCCAUGCCUGUAAUGAAGCAAGAGGUUCUCUGUGAGUUCAAGGGCUAUAUAACAAGACCUUGUCUCUCUCACACACACACACACACACACACACACACACACACACACACACACACACACAAAUGCUAAAUAUUAACUACAUGUGGCUUAGGCCAAAUUUCUAUAACGUGUAAUUCUAUACGUUUUGUCAGCUGUAUUUCAGCAACCUCUGACUUAGGAAAGUGUUACACAUUUUGUAAGUUGAUAGGAAACAUUAACUGUGCUGCCUUGUGGUAGGAAGAACCAUGUGUAUAUAUACACCAAGGAGAUCAGAUUCCUUUGGCAAGGAAUUUCAGAAUGGAUUUUUCAACAGCAGUCAAGGAUAGGUCAGGGUUGACUGAUACCCAAUACUUAGUGUGUUGACCCAUAUCCAGUCUCCAGCACCUUCAUGCUGAGGUAUUGGGAGACAGUAAAAUCUUUCCCUUCAGAAACCAUGAAACUCCUGCUGUGUUCUGCAAGUCUACCAAAGAUUGUUGUGUGAAGAGUGUCAGCAUCUGUGUGAGUGAACAAUCACCCUCCUGCUUCCUUGUGGUGUUAACUCUAGCGCUUCCAGUUAAUCACCUAAAGAGGACUGGGGAGGGACCACAGGCAGUUAGCAUCAGUAACUCACUUCCCUUUAACCAAACCUCUGAUUUUAGCAUCAGAGUUGUUUGCAUCUGUGGUGAGGGAAUUGACUAGCCAUUGCUUCUGCCUCCUUCCCAAGUAAGCACCUUCUUGUGGGUGGCACUGGGAGGACUGUGGUGACCUGCACCGCAGGGCCUGAAGAUAUCAUUUUGAAUGGAACAUUUGAUGUCAUUUUUAGGGAACAGAAACCAAAUAACAGAGGCCAAGGACCAUGCGUAUUUCGAGGAGGGAAGGUGAGCACCCUCUGCUGGCAGUGUUUGGAGUUGACUGACUGAGGAUCUGUGCGCAGCCUGGAAGGAGUGCUGGCUGAAGUCAGCAGGCCUCGGGAAUCCUUAACAUGCAAACAAUCUUGGGGAAACCAGAAGGUCUUUCCUGGCAGUUUUUGUAAUACCUCUCAUUGCAGGCUGUUGGAUUUAUGUUGUUCACUCUGGGUGUGAUCUUUCUUAUGUAUCUGAUAGUUUUUAUGGAUAAUUGUUUGGGUUGUAAACUCCCAUACUCUUUAUUAAAAUGAACCUAAUUAAGUGAC